GAUUUUUUUUUAGAAGAAAUAUAAAACCGUGAAAUGAAACUUAAAGCAUCCUCAUAAAUGCAAUUUGAUCUUUUGGGUGCUUUAAUUGAUUUUUAUUUUCUUGGUUCUUAUAUAAACUUGAAAGGGAGAUCUUUUGAAUUCUCUGAUAAGUACUGUUGAUUCUUCUAAGCAUCUAAUUAGCAGAAGAAAACGAAGAAUGAGGAGCUGAAGAAUUUGCUGCUAUACAUAUAUAUAUUAAGCAGUAGCAGGAUAAUUUUAUGUGGACUCUGGGUUAAACUAUAUCAAGUAGCCUUUUGGAUUUAUUGAGUUUUUGUUGGAUUUGAAAAUAGCAACUUGAAUUCUGAAUAGCUUUCUGGGUUUUCUUCCUUGUUUGGUUGCAUUGUCUCUUUAAUAUAUAUAUUUCAGAGUCAGAAACCCUAACCACCUUACCAUCAAGUUCACUAUUCACUAAUCUCUAAUUUUUAAUGUUUUAAAUGCCAUUUAUUGUCUUUGAUUUUAUGGUUUUUUUCUUUGUUGUCUUUUCAUUCAUCAAUAGCUCAACAGUUCACAAAAGUCCAGGUUUUGAAUGAUGGAGCAAACCAGUAUUGAAUUCUUCACAUACUCUAUGGGGGCUUUCUGAAUUUUAUUGGAAUUGAUCUAUGGUGAUAUUCUGGAUAGUAGAUUGAGACAAGCCUAGAUGACUGUGGAAGAAGCUGGCAAUAGCUCCGAGUGGAGCAGGGACCAAGAUAGGGCAUUCGAGAAUGCCCUUGCAACCUAUCCCGAGGACUCUGCGGAUCGGUGGGAGAAAAUUGCAGCUGAUGUGCCGGGGAAAACUUUGGAAGAGAUUAAAGAGCACUAUGAGCUUCUAGAGGAUGACAUUAACCAGAUUGAAUCUGGUUGUGUGCCUCUCCCUCCGUACGAUUCUUCUGAUGGUUCAGCCGGCCAUGCUGGUGACGAAGGAACUGGUAAAAAAGGAAGCAGCAAUUUAGGGCAUUAUAACAGUGAGUCAAAUCAGGGGAGUAAGAGUUCGAGGUCAGAUCAGGAACGUCGCAAGGGGAUUGCUUGGACAGAGGAUGAGCACAGGUUAUUUCUUCUUGGUUUGGAUAAAUAUGGAAAAGGUGACUGGAGAAGCAUAUCCCGGAACUUUGUGGUCACAAGAACGCCAACGCAAGUGGCAAGUCAUGCACAAAAGUAUUUCAUUCGGUUGAACUCCAUGAACAAAGAUAGGAGGCGAUCUAGCAUCCACGAUAUCACCAGCGUUGGCAAUGCAGAUAUUUCAGCACCUCAAGGGCCAAUCACUGGUCAAACAAACGGUGCUGCUGCUGGAGGUUCAUCUGGAAAAUCAGUCAAACAGCCCCCUCAACAUCCUGCUGCACCGGCUGGUGUAGGUGUGUAUGGUGCUCCAACUAUGGGGCAGCCGAUAGGAGGCGGCCCCCUCGUCUCAGCAGUUGGCACACCAGUGAAUCUUCCUGCCCCGGCACAUAUGGCUUACGGAGUGAGAGCUCCUGUACCAGGAGCAGUAGUUCAUGGUGCACCGAUGAACAUGGGUACUGCGACAUACCCAAUUCCGCAUACAUCUGCUCAUAGGUAACAUGCUGUUUGGUUGCCAAAUGUACAAAAGACAGAAGACGACUAGCUUGUGUAGAUAUCGGGUUAUCGGGUUUUCCGAUUUAGCCUGAAUAAGAUUUGCUUAUUUGCAAGUACAAGUUUAUGUCUGUCAUUUGUUUAAUCUCUAAAUAAGCCAUAGAGAGAGUAUUUACAUGUAUCUAUAUAUAGGUAACUGUGCAAAAGGAAAAUGUUAAAUAUGGCAAGGUUUAUGAGUAGGACAGCUUUUUGGCACCUUUU